GAGGAGCAGCAGGAGGAGGAGCAGCAGCAGCAGCCGCGCGCGCGGGAGCCGGCCGGGAGCUGCGCGCUGGGCGCGGGCGAGGCGAUGCCGGCGGCGGCGGGGGACGGGCUCCUGGGCGAGCCGGCGGCGCCCGGCGGUGGCGGCGGCGCCGAGGACGCGGCCCGGCCGGCGGCGGCCUGCGAGGGAAGUUUCCUGCCCGCCUGGGUGAGCGGCGUGCCCCCGCGAGCGGCUGCGGACUAGCACCACAAGCGCGUGGGCAACUACCUGAUCGGCAGCCGCAAGCUGGGCGAGGGCUCCUUCGCCAAGGUGCGCGAGGGGCUGCACGUGCUCACCGGAGAGAAGGUGGCCAUAAAAGUCAUCGACAAGAAGAGAGCCAAAAAGGACACCUAUGUCACCAAAAACCUCCGACGCGAGGGCCAGAUCCAGCAGAUGAUCCGCCACCCCAACAUCACGCAGCUCCUGGAUAUCUUGGAGACGGAGAACAGCUACUACCUGGUCAUGGAGCUGUGCCCGGGCGGAAACCUCAUGCACAAGAUCUACGAGAAGAAGAGGCUGGAGGAGGCGGAAGCCCGCAGGUACAUCCGGCAGCUCAUCUCGGCCGUGGAGCACCUGCACCGGGCCGGGGUCGUCCACAGAGACUUGAAGAUAGAAAAUUUGCUGCUAGAUGAAGACAACAAUAUCAAGCUGAUUGACUUUGGCUUGAGCAACUGUGCAGGGAUCCUGGGCCACUCGGACCCGUUCAGCACGCAGUGUGGCAGCCCCGCCUAUGCCGCCCCCGAACUCCUGGCCAGGAAGAAAUACGGCCCCAAAAUCGACGUCUGGUCCAUAGGCGUGAACAUGUACGCCAUGCUGACGGGGACCCUGCCUUUCACCGUGGAGCCUUUCAGCCUGAGGGCUUUGUACCAGAAGAUGGUGGACAAGGAAAUGAACCCCCUCCCCACCCAGCUCUCCACAGGGGCCAUCAACUUCCUGCGCUCUCUGCUGGAGCCGGACCCCGUGAAGAGACCCAAUAUCCAACAGGCCCUGGCGAACCGCUGGCUUAAUGAGAACUACACCGGCAAAGUGCCCUGCAACAUCACCUACCCCAACAGGAUUUCCCUGGAGGACCUGAGUCCCAGCGUGAUCCUGCACAUGACCGAGAAGCUGGGCUACAAGAACAGCGACGUCAUCAACACCGUGCUCUCCAACCGUGCCUGCCACAUCCUCGCCAUCUACUUCCUCCUGAACAAGAAACUCGAGCGCUACCUGUCCGGGAAAUCGGACCUUCAGGAUGGCGUCUGCUAUAAGACGCAGCUCUACCAGAUAGAAAAGUGCAAGCCCACGCCGGAGCCCUAUGAGGCCUCCCUGGACACCUGGACCCGAGAGCUGGAACUCCACACCGUGCAGGAUAAGAAGCCCAAAGAACAAGAGAAGAGAGGAGAUUUUCUUCACCGGCCGUUUUCCAAGAAGCUAGACAAGAGCCUGUCGGGGCACAAGCAGCCCGCGGCCUCGCUCAUCUCCCAGAUCCAGAACACCAAGGCCCUGCUCAAGGAGCGGAAGGGGCCCAAAGCCGGCUUCCCCGACAAAGAUCCCUUCGGCUGCCGCAACAUCUUCCGCAAGACCUCGGACUCCAACUGCGUGGCUUCCUCUUCCAUGGAGUUCAUCGCCGUCCCGCCCCCGCGGACCCCCCGGGCCGUCAAGAAGCCCGAGUCCCCUCCGCAGGGGGGUCCCGGCAGCCCCAAGGAGGACCCCCUGCUGCUGGUGCGCUCCUUCGAGUCGGUGGAGCGCGCGGAGCCGCUGGAACCCGCCUCACCGCCGGCGGGGCAUCACUACCGCGCGCUGAGCUCGCCGGGGGGCUGGGCCCGGGGCCCCCCCAGCGAGCGGACUCUGUCCCCGGGAAGCCUCUCGCCCCUGCAGCCUCCUCUGCACCCUACCCUCCUCUCCUUCGCCCACGAAGAGAAGCUCGGCGCCCCCAAGGAGGAGGCCGCGUGUGUGCCCGCACCUGCGGCGCCCGGCGGCACCCCCGCGCUGGGGCUCGGGAGCCCCAACUGCGUGAAGAGCCGGGGCCGAUUCCCGAUGAUGGGCAUCGGGCAGAUGCUGCGCAAGCGCCAUCAGAGCCUGCAGCCGGCCCUGGACAGGCCCCUGGAGGCCAGCCUGCCCCCGCUGCAGCCCGUGGGCGCCCCGAACCUGUCCUUCGACCUGGCCGACGGCGUUCGAGGCCAGUGUUAACCCAGGCCAACCCCCGCCCCUCACCCCAGCGUUCCGGACGUUUCUGGGAAGCACCAGAAUGGUACCCCCUCCCUCCCACACACACACAGAUUCCCCCCCAACAUACACACACAUACCACCUAUCCCAAGGUGGUCAGGGCUCGGAGAAUCUAGGAGCUCCGAUUUCUGAAUCUCAAUCUACUCUGCCCCUGAAAUGCACCCCAGAAUCCGCCAGACGUGGGGAUCCCCCGGAGACUAGGGUGUGCAUCUAUCUAGCCCCACCUUCCGCUACAUUCACACCCACCCCCCUCAGCACCCCGUCUGCCCACCCGCUCAGCUGGGUUGGGGUCGGGGUGCAACAUGGGGUGCCCCUGUGGGCUGCCCGCACUGCAGACUGUUAGGUCUUCUUUUCCCUGUGUGCCGUGUAUGGCUCUCGCCUCUUAGCAGCUGGCCACGGGGUGGGAGCAUGGUUCACAGCGUCACGGAGGGACUCACCUAGGCCCCCCCACCCUGCUUUCCUUCCUUUGGGAGCUGGUGCAUCCUGGGAGUAGCGGCAGAUUGCCCCCCCUCCCCCACCGCUCCAUCACCCCAACUUCGGAGGAAGCUGGCUCAGCCUGUCUUCCCUGCAUCAUCAGAGGGUGUACCCCACGCCCCACGGAAGGAAAAGAUAGCGGGGGACAGGUCUCUCCCAAACGGGGCUUCGAUGGAUAUUUUCUGCCCCGGCAGUGGGGGGGUGGGCGAGUUUGAAGCUUCCUCACCACUGAAUUCUCUUCUCCAAAGAUGCUUUUUCCUGAUGUGAUGUCUGUCAACCCAAGUCAUCUCAUUCUUAAGAAACCAGGAUGGAGGGAAAGGGGACGUGUGGCUCAGUGGUGGAACCCUUGCCUCAGGCGCGCGUGCGUGUGCGUGUGCGUGUGUGUGUGUGUGCGCGCGUGCGUACAUGUGUGUGCGUGCAUCGUGCGUGCGUGCAUGUGUGUGUGUGUGUGUGUGUGUGUGUGUGUGUGUGUGUGUGUGGCUUCUUGGCGCCCCACCACAGCCUCGACUAAAGCCCACCAGACAGAGGGAAAACGAAUCCCUCUAACUCAGAGAGCGGGUGGGCUUAGAGCCUGCCCGGUGGUACCAGCCCACCCACCAGCCCAGAUCCCUCGAGAAGGUCAAGCAUGUCCAUCCUUGCGGUUGGGUAUGUGAGGGGCGAGGGCACAUGUGCGGCCACUCCCCUCUCACCACACCCUGGGCCAAGCAUCCAACCAAAGAUGCGUGUCCGGUUCUGUCUGUGCCAGCCCCGUGCGUGCGGUUCGUGCGCCCCUGUGUCGUCCCCCGUGUCCCCAUGAGGCCUGUGCCGGGGGGUGGGUUCCGUCCCUGGCGAGCUUUGCAGAGCGGGUCGUGGAAGCGGAAUUGCAAGGCUGGAAGAGGAAGCAGCCUCGGCCAACGAGCAUGGAGCUCAGACGCUGUGGCAGGGACCGGCCUCGCCGUGAACCUGGGGGACCCGCCCAAGCCCCUUCUCCGGCGGACCUUCAUCUCUCCUCAUCAGCCCGCGGUGACCUCCCGCCCCACCUGGCAGCGACUGAGCGAAGGAGAGUGGACCCUUGGCCAGAACCCUGGGACCUUCUGGGAGGCCCCGGUCUUGACUGCUCCCCCGCCCAGGGGCACCCCCCUCUAGCCCUAGGACCGGACACGAGGGGACUUGGGCUUCUGGGUGUUGGUUGGUCUUCCCUCCGAUGGCUCUGGACUGGCUCCCAGAACUUCCUGUGGCAAAUAGAGCCUUGUAAGAAGAGAGAGAAGACCUGGAGCAGAAGACUUGUGGUUGGACGAAAAAGCGUCGGGCUUUGGGCAGGUGGGGAAGGAAGUGUUGUCUGCAGGUGGCCUGCGGCUGUCAUGCCUGUCCCUCUGUCUCCCUGUGCCUUGGGGACUUCUCCGGUCCCUCGCCUUCUCUCCUUUAUCUUUGACGCCCACAAAGCCCCUGAGCGUUUGGGAGUCACGGUCAACUCUUCUUCAGCCCUUUGGCGGGCUGGGGGUGGGGGAGGGGAGGGAGUGUGUCUGUUGAGCCCGGUGGGAAGGGUGGGGGAGUGGGGGAGAGGGGGCAUCUGUGUUCUGAGUGAGAGAGCAGCUGGCAGACCUGUGAAAUCGAGUGGAUGGCGCCAGGUUGAAUUGGCCGUUAUUUUUAUUAUAUUUAUAUGGAAAAGGCGACUGUCCCUGUGCUCAGGGCAAAAGUGUGUGGUCUUUCUGACCCCUCUCCCCCUCCCUCACCCCUGCCCCCCAACUGUGUGUGAUGAAUGCAGACCACCACCACCCCUCCCACCGCCUCCGGCCCCCACGCGGGCUCAGACUCGAGGGGGGAGGCAGCCCGUGGCCGAGUGUCCGUGUGAGUGCCCCAGGAGGGAGAGCUGGUGCCCCGUGUAUGCUCUGUCCCCGGGGAGGACUGUGUCUCUGUCCCCCACGACGAAAUCCAUGUACUUUUAUAAUGGCUGUGAAAUACACCUUCCCCCACUGA